UGGAUCUCGACGUUGCCUCGCCCAAAUGCCGACCUCACGGCUCCCCGCCACAUCAUCCGAUGAACCUCUCAUGGCUGAUUUGUUAACAACCACCCAAAGUCUAUAGUGCUGCCUGCAGCAAAUGAUUGGGUGAUCUGUUGACAACGUAUCCAGUCGUGCUCUGAAGCCCCACUCGUCCGGCCACUGCGAAGCCUAUUUUGAAGAUCGCCGCAUAACAACGCAUAGCGUCCAACGCCCUGGCAAAAUCAGUGAUGGCUAAUGAUCUCUAGAGACUCUAAGUCAUGCUGGUUUACAAGAAAUCAUAUCACCCAAUAUUCAAGAAUAUCGUAUCAUUGCGAAGGAGCAGGGUGUGCCACACGACUGAUUGCUGGCGAACAAGUGCGCGCCGGGACUAGCGGACCACCAGCAGGCAAGUGGGUAGUGAACAAGUGCUUUGAGCAGACAGCCACGAGUCAAUGGACGUUAAUCUCCGGUCGAGACACAGUACCCCUUCUUGGAGUGCUAUUUAUUAAUACCAAGUCCAUCGCUUCUCGCGUGGAAGACUGCCACGCUAAGAUUGAUGAGUGUCCGAUGAUCAUAUUCGCGAAUUCUCCGCUGCAAAAAUUUGGACAGCCAAGCGGGCUACGUGAUGAUCAACAGGAAAUCGUUACAUUCACUAUAGAAGCUCGGAUAGGACAGGCAGCAUUACGAAGAGCAAGCAGACAUGCAAGCGAGCAUGACACUUGUAGGACAAGACCAACAUUCGUCCGAAAGCGUGUGAUCUACAAUAUCCGCCGCCUUCGCUAUGUCGUGUGCCACUGCUGAAUUUCUUGUUACCGGCCGGAAAAUCGUGCGUUUUGUCCGUUGAAUCACGCGUACCCUCGUUGGCUACCUUUACCUAAACAUCAUUUCCGUUUUUCCUCCUUCUAACCACUGCCCUUUUCCUCCUUCUUCUUUCGUCCAUCCGGUGCCACGUUGACGUUUUAUCUUCUAUCGUCCCCCGCCUCUCGUUACUGGCCAUCAA